AUGGGUGGCAUUCAACAUGGACAACGACAACGUCGGUUGAGUAGUACAGCAUCACUCAAGAUGCGAUCGUUCUCGGACAAUGACUUUUACACUCAACAAAUGAAUGUGAUGCUACCAUCUACUGGAACAAGUUCUUGGUCUCCACGUAGGACCAUUGAGACUUUGAGACCACAGUCUAUUGUGUCGCAAAGACCGUCGACGACAGGAGCACGAAGUACAGUGUCUUUACCACCACGUUGGAUGAAUGCACCGAGUUGUAACAUUUGUGCCCAGAAAUUUGGGACGUUUAAGAAACGACAUCAUUGUCGCAAUUGUGGACAAUCCAUUUGUCGUGAUCAUUCCGCACGUGAACGAAUGAAACUGCCUCAUUAUGGACUUAGUGAUCGUCAUCGUGUGUGUGUCGUGUGUCACGAUAUGCUGCGUAACGCAGGUCGUCAGGUGAGUCGGCCAGUGAAUUCGAUGCACGCUACGCAGCGCGUCGUGCCGCUAACGAGGACUAGUCAGGCUUUAGUUAACGACGCUCGUCGCUCGGACGAGGCCCAGCGUUCACCAACUGGUAUGCUGGAACGUCAUGUAUCGGCACCGGCACGCGCAUCCAACUCUGCUGCUGGAUCCUACCGAGGUGGAAAUGGUGUUGCCGUGAACGAACAAGUCGCAAAUUUGCAGAAACAGGUUACUCAGCUUAUGGAGGAGAAGCAACAAGCAGAAAUACAGCUGCGUGCCCAGGCUGAAAUGUUGAAUUCCGAUCGCCUCACAAACGGUUCUCGCAGCAGCAACACGAGUGGCGGUAGUGGUGCUGGUUACAUAUCGAUGUCGCGUGAUCGUCAGAAUUCUUUGCCAAUGGCCACAGGCUCUGCAGUGUCGACUACAGUUAGCGCAUGUCCAGUACCAAAUCCUGGCAUGUCGAUGUAUCGUUCUACAGGCCAACUUCUGAACAAACCCCGGAAGACUGGGAGUUUCCGGCUGGCACGCGAGAUAGAUAUCGAUAGUCCCACUUUUGGUGAUUACCAAUCUCAGCAACAACCGCAGCUGCAGUCAUCACGCUCCAACUCAACAUUGGUAAGUCCCGUACUGCAAAGGACGACACGGCUCCAGGACGCACUAAACACAAUCGCCAACGUAGAGUCCACGUACGACGACAUCGAUGGAUCGGACUCUGACUCCGACAUUGAGGGACGCCACACCUACGUUGGUGACCUUCAUGAUGCUGAGGCAGACACUGAGGCCGAAAUCGACGACGUCGCGAAAGAGUACCUCAUUGACGAUGAGGAAGAUGAAGACGACGAUGAUGACGAAGAAGCAGUGGUGGAAGCAGCCAAAGCCGCAACUGUUGCGGUAAGUGACGAGGUGAAAGUGGAAGGUGAAACCGAGAUUGAGGACGAAGUGAGCGGUGACAUGUUGCCAGAAGUGGACGUGCUGGUGAGCCUAGGACACGUAAUGAUGGAAAAAGGCAGCGUUAGUGCUGCGGUACAGGCUUUCGCGCGUGCCGUAGAAAUUCGACCAGACGACCCCGCUCUUCAUUCGCUGCUUGGCCGUGCCUACUAUGCUGACGAAAACUUGGAUGAUGCUGUUGCUGCCAUCACAAAGUCACUGUCUCUGGAGGCGUCAGCGAUGAACUCAACACUAUUGGGCAAGAUCCUUUUCGAAAAGGGAGACCACGAGAAGGCCAUCGCGGCUUACCAGCGUUCACUUGACAUGCAGAAGUAA